GAGGCUGUUCGUCCCUUUCGAAAAGUUGACUGAGAGCCCAACCCACAAGCCACCACCAAACUCCCUUUCUCCCUUCCUUUCCAUGGAGAUAAGAUCCAAUCACUCACAGGAUCUUCUUCCCCCUUCAUUUCCCUCGUCGAAUUCUGACCGUUUAAUUGCACACUAAAAAAUUUCCUCCGUCUCCCACCAGAGCAGGAGGGAGCAGGGAGAGAAAAAAAGCAUCAACCAUGAAGUCCCUCUGCUGCCACUCUCCCCUCGUCCACAGUCCUUCCGCAGAACUUACAGUUACAGCCCUGUAUAAACCAUCAAACCCCAAUUCUCACAAGAAGCUUCCAGUUACAGCUGCAUCCAGCUCGUAUUCCUUCCCAAAGUCUUUGCCUUUAGUAGCCACAGCUGCUGCUGCUUCUGUCGCCAUACUUCUCUCCGCAACCCCAGCUGAGGCAGGGUUUAUGUCUGGGUUCUCUGGGAUUGAAUCAGUACCCGGUCCUGAAUUGCCUAAGAUGGACUUCCUCACCCGCUUCAAUGAAGACAAUCAGAAGAAGUAUGCUGAAGAGGAUGAAAGAUUCAAGUCAUCUCCCAUUCUCAAGGAGCUACUGGAAAAAUCCAAGCUCAACAAGGAAAAGAACAAGCAGGAAAUACAGGACAAGUACUGCCUUCGAGGCGCGGAAUGGGGAGUUGGUGAUUGUUCAACAGAGGGCAUGUCUCCACAGCAAAGAGAAGAGUUCAUAGCCAUGCUGAAGAAGAAGACUGGAAUAGAAGAAUGAAAUGAAUGGAGCUUACUCCAAGCUCUUACUUCUGGUUUCGUUUAGCAGUUAGUCUUAGUCUAUCAACUUCAGGAAUUCAUUUCACAUUCUCUACUGAGCUUCUGAACCCAUCACUUUAUUGGAAUCCUGUCAAAUGAAAGCAACCAAGUACUAGUGAUUUACUUGAUCAUGUUGCAUGUUCUUCGCCAUUUGGGAUGUUCCAUAGGUCAGAAUCAAGUAAUAAUCUCAAAGAAGUGACGACAGGCAAAAGUCUCUACUUUUUGGGGACAAUAUGUAACCCUCUUGGUCUUGGGAUCCCCAUGCCAUGGCCCAUGGGCACCAUUUUUUCUUAUUGCCAUUAAUGCAAAACAGUCACAGU